AUGUCUCUGCUUCUGAUCUUGUUCUUAUUCCUUCUGUCGUUCCUUGUCUCCUCAAGCCAUUCCAUUCAUCAUUCUCUUGAUGAUGAUCACUUCAGCCUUCCAGUGGUGAAGAUCCCAGUCUUGUAUGUUGAGGAAGAAGGAGCACCUUAUUUCUUAUUAAAACUUGGAUUUGGAACACCCAGAAUUAGAUAUUUUCAUCUGCUCAUGGAUACAGGAAGCAGCUUUACAUGGGUGCAAUGCAAACCAUGCCAAGUUAGGUGCUUCAAACAACCAAGCCCUAUAUUUGAUCCCUCCCUAUCUUGUUCAUAUGCUCCCAUACCUUGCCAUUCAUUGGAGUGUUCAGUAUUGAAAUCUGCAACCUCCUUCCCCACCUUACCUUGUAGUGACACAUGCAAGUACAACCAGCGUUACCUGAACAACGACGUUGCAUCCAUCGGCGAUUUCGCCAGGGAAAUGCUACAUCUUUUGCCCAACAUUGUGGUACCGGGUUUUAUCUUUGGAUGUGGCCAAAACAACACUGGUUCUCCAGAUGUCUUCGAUGGAGUUGUUGGGCUGGGAAGAAAUAGACUGUCCCUGGUAGAUCAGAGCAGCCCGAUAUAUGGUAAGGUCUUUUCUUUUUGUUUACCUUCUCCACAAAAAUCCAAUGGAUUUCUGACCAUUGGUAACAAAGGGGGAUUACCAGAAUUAUUAACUGAUCCAGAGUUCAACUACACAUCUCUUGUGUCUCUCGAGAGUGACCCAGAUCUUUACUAUAUCAAUUUAGUUGGUAUCAGUUUAGGAGAUGAUCAGACUGUGAGUAUCCCUCCCUUUCCACUGGCCAUUGAUACUGGAUCAACGGUCAGUUUGCUCCCAACUUCAGUUUAUGUUCCACUCCGUUCUGCAGUGAGGAAAGUUUUGUCCAAGUAUUCACCAUUUCCCAUUGAGCCCUUGGAUACCUGCUACAACUUAAGUAGUAGUGUGAUCCCACCAGCUAUUACCCUUAAUUUUGAAGGGGGCAUAGUCAUAAGACUGCCUCAAUCAAGAAUUCUUCUAACCAUCUCUCCCUUUACUUGCCUACCCUUCAUUGAAAUUGGAGAUGAUGAUAGGAAUGACGGAAUUAUUGGAGGUAUUCAGCUUCAAACUCUGCAAGUGCUUAUUGAUGUUGUCAACCGUAAAGUCGGUUUUGCUGAAAAAAAUUGUGAUUGA